CUCAGCUUGGCUAGCGGCACAAUCCCAGAGCUUGGCGGUGAGAAUCCUUCUAUCUCGCUCAUUCCAAGAGUGACGAUUAAGGUAGGUGAGUGGCUUUCGAGUCGUUUGGAUUUCAUCAGAAAACGGAGGGCGGUGAGUAAAUUGAGAGGUUCAAGUUUGCUUUUUGUCAUUUUUUUGCUUUCUUGUGUAUGCAUUUGUCUGGCUUUUUGGGCUGCCGCACGCAACAUCCUGAUGGACGACAAUUUCAACUUCGACGGACCGGAAAUGGGCUUGAGCUCAGCAGCUCGCCAGGCCGGAAAUCCGAACGACCCAGUACGGGGCGGCAGACGUCCUAGCCCAGUGACUCGUCAACGUAGUCUCCUGACGGCUCCCGGCACGCGGCGUGGCAGCCUCAUGCCAGUGGCCGAUGCGUAUCCGCCCAGCGCCGCCAGUGGAGGACGGCGGCAUCGGCUCCAUGAGCUGAACCUGUUCCAUUUCGACCUAAGGGAGCUCGUCAAGGAUAUGUUGCUCGCCGAGGGGGGCGAGAGCAAGGUGUCGUACCAUGAGUAUGCCGUCUUCUCCCCGCCAGAGGGCGACGCUGUCGCACAGCCCAAGACUGCUAGCACUAUGACAGAGGGCCAGGAGGCAUUGCAAAUGUUCCGAGACGCAGUGCGGUAUGGAUAUGGACUGGACAACGAAAGGAACUUCGUGCCAGCUCCCAAGGGGAAUGUGCAGGGCCGAGUGCGGCAAGUGAUUGCCCAUCGUCGCCCUCGCCCAAAUACCGGUCACUUCAGUACCACCCCAGACGGAGUGUUCCUCACCGUCGAGGACUAUGAAUCUCUAGGACUGCAUGCGGGUACACUUUCUUCCAUGCAGCGAAUCACUGUAGAAUCCUUGUUCUGGAACCCUCGAAGAGACAUGUUGUAUAUCGUGCUCAGCUUCUCCGCCAACCCUCAACCGCCAUACGACUUUCUUUCCAUGGCUUACAAUCUACGCGACCGCACAACCACGGCGUUGAUCCGGCGUUCCGUCGACACGCGCUGGCACGAUGAAGAAGCUCUGGACGAGUACGAGAACAGGCUGGACGCCUGCCGUGCCCGCUGGGCGCAUCCUCUGGUCCUCCCUGUUGUCUUGCUGCAAGUACAACUCUUGCGCACCGAAGAAGAGGUCGUUUCGAACAAUGACGAAGUUUGCGCGCUCGAGGCUCAUGUCAAUAACCUUAUUGGGAACCAAGGUCGCCAGUUUCGAAAACGUAGCUCGAGCAGGAACGGAGAGCGGCCAUUCGGACCGCUGAAGCGACUAUCCACCUUCAAGAACAUGGUGGAGAAGGUGGGAAGGCGCAACUCGGACAACUCGCCGACCAAUAAUGAGAGGGAGUUGGACGAUGACUAUGUUCCCCCGCAGACCAUCCAUCUCAUGAAAGAGGCGCAUGACGUACUCAAAGAGGCCAUUCAGCUCCUGGACACACUGAGGUGGAUGGAGCGCGCAGUCAAGCUGCUGAUACAGGCGGGCGACGAGCUUGAAGUACGCUUGAAGAAGAUGCAGCAGGCCGAACAGGGGCAGGAUGAGUCCAAAGACCAAGAAGAUGACCACUUCGAUGUCCUUGGAUACCACUGGCACGAGGUACGACAGUAUCUCGACUGCACCUGGCGACUCUGCACCUCCCUGGAAACCGACAGGCGCAUGUCGGAACUGCGUUGCCGUGCUCAGAUCGACAUCAUCUACUCCAAGAUGGCCCAAGAGGACAACAAUCUCAAUGCCCGCAUGGCCGUGGCUUCGACCCGGGACAGUUCUUCCAUGAAGGCGUUGGCAGUCAUCACGGCCAUAUUCCUCCCCGGCGAGUUCGUCUCGUCGCUCUUCGGCGUGUCCAUGUUCGACUGGGAAAAGGGCACUGCCGGCGAUGCCGCCAUCUCGGAAGACGCGCCCAGUGGUUGGCCCUCGCCCGUCAUCAUGCCGCUGUUCUGGGUGUACUGGGCCUUCACCCUGCCCCUGACCAUUUUCAUCGUGGUGCUCUGGCGGGCUUGGUGGGUUAACCAAGAUCGGUUCUUCCGCCGCCAUUUGAGCAUGGAGCUGAGUAACGAGCGGUACUGGACCUCGGAUGGAAGACCGCGGGAUUUGGAGACUUCGUUCUUGCAAGACUUCUUCAGCCUCUUCAGUCGGAGCGGAGGUGGCAGUACGGCCAACAGCACUAUCCUAGGCAGCGCGGCGGGCAAUGGCAAUGCCCGAAAGAGCACCAUGAGUGUUGACUCACCUAGUCCCGGGUUCCUGCGACGCGGACUCACGCUGAGUGCGAGUGACUCGGCCGACAAGAACGAGACGACGGAUGGGGAGGACGUGGAUAAUAAUGGCAGGAAAACUAGGCUGAGGACGAUAUCGUUUGCUAGGUCGUUAGACGAGCCGCCGUGUGCGGUAUGAGGGUCCAUCAUAGCUUCGGGUACGGAAAACUCAUAUCGGUCGAUGGACUCCUUUUUAUAUACGUUGGGGAGGAUUAUCUGUACUAAUCCUUGCGAGUAAGAGCUUACGCAGGGAUGUAUCACAACCAUGAUUACGAGGCAAUGAAUGUAAUGCCACUGUUAGUUAUGUUUAACUGAAUGAAUAUGAUCACUAUCGAAC